AUGUUGGAAGUGUUGGCACGCGCAACGCAGAGAGAGAGGGAUAUCAAACAUGGUGCUGCGUUUAGACAGAGAGAAACCCUAGAAACGAAAAAGAAGAACCAUCGAAACGCCAACUCGCACCGAUUGGCGCGUGCGUGCUUCUUCUUCCUCGAAUCGUCUUCUUCCUCCUCGCGACGAGAUUACUACUACCUCGAAUCUAUCUGUUCUUCUUCAUACGAGGAUGAGCACAAGCUUGGUGAAGCUGAUGAAGACAUGGAUAUUGGCAAAAUCGAGGAUGUCACCGUCGAGGUACACACCGACGACAGUAGUGCAGGCCUUGGUGGUGCUCCAACGGGUGACCUUGUUGAGUACACGGAGGGUAUGAACCUCGAACCUCUCAACGGUAUGGAGUUUGAGUCGCACGGUGAAGCGUAUUCGUUCUACCAGGAGUACUCACGAGCGAUUGGGUUCAACACCGCGAUACAGAACAGCCGUAGAUCAAAGACCACGAGAGAGUUCAUCGAUGCGAAGUUCGCUUGCUCUAGGUAUGGUGCUAAAAGAGAGUAUGACAAGGCUUUUAGCCGGCCGCGAGCUAGACAGUGCAAGCAAGACCCCGAGAACAUGGCCGGUCGAAGAACUUGCUCGAAAACUGACUGCAAAGCCAGUAUGCAUGUUAAGAGGAGGCCUGAUGGGAAAUGGGUGAUUCACAGCUUUGUGAGGGAGCAUAACCAUCCGCUUUUGCCCGCACAAGCCGUGAGUGAACAGACUAGAAAGAUAUAUGCUGCUAUGGCUAAACAGUUUGCUGAGUACAAAACUGUGAUCAGCUUGAAAAGCGACCCGAAGAGUCCGUUUGAGAAAGGUCACUUUGCGAGAAGAUGGUGGAAGAUUCUUGCUAGAUUCGGCCUCAAAGAAGAUCAGUGGAUGCAGUCGUUAUAUGAAGACCGCAGGAAAUGGGCACCGACCUACAUGACUGAUGUUCUUUUGGCAGGGAUGUCUACGCCUCAAAGAGCUGAUAGUAUCAAUGCUUUCUUCGACAAGUACUUGCACAAGAAGACUAGCGUACAAGAAUUCGUGAAACUGUAUGAGACAAUUUUGCUGGAUAGAUGCGAAGAGGAAGCCAAAGCGGAUUCCGAAACGUGGAACAAGCAGCCAGCAAUGAAGUCUCCAUCGCCGUUCGAGAAGAGUGUUUCUGAAGUCUACACUCCUGCUGUAUUCAAAAAGUUCCAGAUUGAAGUAUUGGGUGCAAUCGCGUGUAGUCCCAGGGAAGAAAACCGAGAUGCAACGUGCUCUACUUUUAGAGUUCAGGAUUUCGAAAACAACCAGGACUUCGUUGUGACAUGGAACCAAGCAAAGGCUGAACGAGUGUUAAAGCUGAACGAAGAAGCAUCUUUCUCUCAAGAGAGUUACAAUAUUGCUUUCCUUGCUAUUGAAGAAGCUUUGGGAAACUGUGCUAAUGUGAAUACUUCAGGCAGAAGUCUUCCAGAUGUGGUUAACUCACCAACUCAAGGUCUGAUUUCCGUCGAGGAUGAUAAUCAGAGCAGAAGUGGAGGCAAGACUAGCAAGAAAAAGAAUCCAACUAAGAAAAGAAAAGUUAACUCAGAGCAGGAGGUUAUGCCAGUGGCAGCACCAGAAAGCUUGCAACAGAUGGAUAAGCUGAGCCCAAGGACAGUUGGUAUAGAAAGUUACUAUGGAACACAGCAGAGCGUGCAGAAUAUGGUCCAGCUGAACUUAAUGGCGCCAAAUCGUGAUAAUUUCUAUGGGAAUCAACAAACAAUUCAAGGAUUGCGACAGUUGAACUCAAUAGCGCCAAGCUACGACAGUUACUACACUGCUCAACAAGGCAUCCAUGGACAGGGAGUAGAUUUCUUCCGGCCCCCCAAUUUUUCUUACGAUAUCCGGGAUGAUCCUAAUGUGAGGACUACGCAGUUGCAUGACGACGCAUCUAGACACUCAUGAACCAAACUGUAACCUAAGCACGAAUCGAAUCUCAAAAGUGUCUGUGGAUGAAAGAUGCAAAAUUCUCGGUAGAACAGAAGAAGCCAACAAGAAUUGAGAGAAACUCAUUUUCUCAACCAAGGUUUUGGAACAGAACAGGAGCAUGGUCUGUUUUUUUUUUAUCUGCUCAAUUGUUAAAUAGGAUGUUGUAUUGUUUCGGUUAUGAUCCCCGGAGAUUCGCUUCUGUUAAUAUUAUUUGUGUUUGUAUUAGUUUUGAUGAUGAUCCCAAGCUUUGAUCAUUGAAUGUUUCGCUUUUAGAAGGGAGAAAAACAGCGUUUAGAGAAUAUUCUCUAUUUGUAAAAACCCUUUGUUAAUUCUUUUGAUCACGUGUUUCUUGAAUUUGUGAUCGGAUCAAUUCUUGAAACAAAUACGAAAUGGUAUUUGAUUUUGUUCUUUGGUCCCAA